AUGAAUAUUGAUCCGCAGCUUGUUACAGCCAUCACUUGCCGUCAGGACAGCCCCUCGGCGGGGGAGGGCGGCGCUCGCUGCGCCCCCGCGGAGCUCCGCGCGGCCGGCGGCGGGGAGGGGGCGCGGGGCCGCGUGCCAAUGGCUGCGCUGCCCCCUCCUCUGCCCCCACCCCGCCGCCGGCCCCUCCGCCCGGCUUCUCCUCCCCGCCGCUCUCGCUCCGAGCCUCCAGCGCCCCGCCGGCGGCUCCGGGAGGAGGCGGCGGCGGCGGCGGCGGCUCCGCGGCAGCGCUGCCGCCCGCGGGUCCCCGGCGGAGCGGAGCGGGGGAUGCCGGAAUGCCCGGACGGCGGGGCCAAGGAGCCCCCCGUCCCGCAUAGGAUCUCCUUCUCCAUCCUAGACAUCCUGGAUCCCCAGAAGUUCACCCGGCGAAACCAGGCGGCCGCGGGGAGCGGGGGCGAGCAGGAGAAAAGUUUGGCGAGAGUUGAAGUGGGAACGGGCGCUGCUCGCCACGGGAGCGGCUGGGAUAAGCUCGAGGCGGACGAUGCGGAGAGCGGAGCCGAGGCAGCGGCCGAGGAGGGCCCGGGAGCUGCCUGCACGACCCCCGGCCCCGCUCCCGGUCCCGCAGCCCCGGAGGAACCGGGCUCGCCGCGGGGCGGGCGGCGGCGCCGAGCCGAACCGAGCUGCGCCAAACCCCGGCGAGCCCGGACGGCUUUCACCUACGAGCAGCUGGUGGCCCUGGAGAACAAAUUCCGGGCCACCCGGUACCUGUCGGUGUGCGAGCGCCUCAACCUGGCGCUGUCGCUCAGCCUCACCGAGACGCAGGUGAAGAUCUGGUUCCAGAACCGCCGCACCAAGUGGAAGAAGCAGCACCCGGCCCCCGACGGCUCGGCCGCCCCAGCGCCCCCCAGCACCGCCGCCCGCGGCCCCCCGAGCCCCCCGGCGCGCCCCGCCGCGCCCCCCGGCCGGACUCUGCCCCCCUUUGCCGCCGCCGAGCUCCUCUUCCCGGCCGCCUCGCCCUUCCCGCUGGCCGCCGGCCCCUUCGCCCCCUUCCUGGGGCCCGCGUACCUCGGGCCCUUCUACGGCCCGCACCUCUGAGGUCUCCUACGGCCCGCACCUCGGGGGUGCCACCGCCGCCGGGCUCCUGAGCGCGCUCCCGAUGCACUUGGAGGCGUUGGGAUGGAGCUGGCGAGCCUCUAGCCACGUGCCGGUAACCUCCAGAGCCUUCUCCAAGCUUCUUUUUAAACCGUUCCUCGUCGCCGCGUGGCUUGCCGGCGCAUGCCUCGGAGCUGGAGCGCCCAGGAGCUGCGACGCUCGCCACCACCGCCGGGACCCCGCUGCCUCCCAUCCGGCUCCCGGGGAUGCGAGCGAGCGAGCGAGCCAAGACGGCCCCAAGCCUCUGCUGUUGCCCCCGGACCCGGCGGAGCUCCGUGUGCCCCACUUUUUUACACCACUUCACCCGUCGGACCUGAAAACUGCGAGGCGUGCACUCGGUACCCUGCCGAGGAGGGGGUUUUCUUUUGGCUGGAGGGGCAGGGAACCGCAGCGCCGUGCCAGCGGGCGAGGAGCGCAAAGUCUGCUCGGUCAGUGGGAAGGUAUUCGAUUGCUGCUAAUAUGCGUCGCCCCUCUGCCUUUCUUUUCAGUCCAUUCCCGUUGACUUCAAAGGGUUUAGAGGAGACGUCUAAAGAUCGCUCCUCUCGCAGAGAACGGGUGUUCCUGUAAGAACAGCGUUAGCGCCAAAUGAGGCAGAAACGAAAACAUAAAUCAGAGAAAAUGAUUACAUUAUUCAUUUCUUUAAAAACGGGGCAUUUGUGGUAGAAAAUAAGUAAAACGCAGAAUCUCCCGCAUGCAGAGACCUAUUUUCCAUAACAGAGAAACACAUGCUUUUUCUUUUUUCCUUUUUGGAGCAUUUCUCAGAAAGGAAAAUCAUAUUUCAUCUUCAUCGUUACAAGCAGCGGAAUGAAAAGGAAUUCUGGCUGGGGGCUGAUCCCUCCCCGAGCGGCCGGGAAGUAAUUGGGUUUAAAAAAAAUCCGUCUCGCGCGGUUUCGCAAAUUAUUGCAACACGCCGCUCCGGAGUGUAUCCCCUCGGUCUCACCAUGCUUUAAAGUACACAUUGGCUCUCCAACCAAAAAUCUUAGCUCGUAAAUCCUA